CAUGGGCAUUGCACUCAUCAAUCAAUCAAUCAUACACUUUAUUUUAACAUGGCUCCCUCUGUCUCCAUUUCCAUUCUGGUAUUAGCAUUUUGGGUUCUUUGUAUAUUCACGCACUCCACAACUAUGGUUGUUGCAGCUAACUCAUCAGCGCUAGAACUAGAAGCCAAGGCUCUGCUGGAGAGUGGCUGGUGGAGUAGUAACUACACCACCAAUGGUUCCUCCUUAAGUCAUUGCGCGUGGCCUGGAAUCACAUGCUUUGAUGGAAGCGUCGUAGGGAUUUACAUGGAAGAGGUCUAUCUGGGAGAUAAGUUUCGAAAAUUCAACUUCUCAUCCUUCCCAAAUUUAGAAGAUCUUGAUCUUUAUAAUACUGGACUCCAAGGAAGCAUCCCGCCAGAGAUUGGUACUCUUUCUAAACUCAGAAUGCUUUCUCUAUCCAUAAAUAAUCUCACAGGUAAUUUGCCUCUUUCACUUACAAACCUCACUCGAUUAGAGGGGUUUUUCAUUUACAAUAAUCUAUUCAGUGGCUCCAUCCCCGACCUAUUGGGAAAUUUAAAAAAUCUUCAAAUGCUACAACUGGGUACAAAUGCUUUCAGUGGGUCCAUCCCACACCAAUUGGGAAAUUUAAAGAAUCUUACAUAUUUAGGUAUAAGUAGAAAUAAACUCACUGGUGAGUUACCUCCUCCGCUUGCCAACCUCACUCAGUUAGAGACAUUUGAAAUUUCUUCUAACCUAAUUAGUGGUUCCAUCCCUAAAGAAUUGGGAAAUUUAAAGAGUCUUUCUACUUUAGAUUUGAGUAAUAACACGCUCACCGGGCCAAUCCCUUCAACUCUAAGCCUUCUAACCGGUCUUUCUCAUUUGGAUCUGUCUUCUAAUGAAUUCAGCGGUCCACUCCCUUCAUUUUUAUGGCAUCUAACCAAUUUAGCCUAUUUGUCUCUUAAUUCGAACCAAAUCAAUGGUUCCAUUCCCGCAGAAAUCGGCAACAUGAAGAAUUUGGGAGAGUUGUACCUCAAUUAUAAUGACAUUGCUGGUCAAAUCCCUUUCACAAUAGGUAAUUUAACUAACUUGAGAACUUUGUCCCUUGCUUGGAACCAAAUUAGUGGCUUCAUCCCUGCAGAAAUAGCUAAUUGCAUUUCGUUGCAAAACUUAACUCUAAGCCACAACUACUUAACAGGAACCAUUUCCUUUGACAUGAGUAACCUUUAUUUGUUACAAUAUUUAGAUCUUAGCUAUAAUAACCUUAGUGGUUCCAUUCCCCGAACUAUUAAUCAUUUAGCUAUUUUGGAAACUCUGUCCCUCAGUCGGAAUCAAAUCAGUGGCUCCAUCCCCGUGGAAAUAACAGAUUGCAGGAGCUUGAAACACUUGUCAUUAAGCCACAACUAUUUAACUGGAAACAUUACCUCUCUCAUUGGUUAUCUUCAUUUCUUAAAUGCUAUUGACCUAAGUCAUAACAAUAUCAGCGGAGAUAUUCCAUUUGAACUUGGGGAUUCACCAUCUUUAGAGCUCUUGGAUAUUAGCUACAAUAAUCUUACCGGUAACAUUCCCAAUAUUUCUAUUUCAAUAAAAGAAAUAAACUUUUCAUACAAUUCACUACAUGGUCAGAUCCCAAAUGGCUACUUAAAUUGUACACCUUACACAUUUAUCGGCAACAAAGAUUUAUGUGGUGACAUCCAAGGUUUCCCUCCUUGCUUUCCAACUUCUUCAAACAGUUUCUCAAAAAAAAACACUUCCCCAAACAAUAGCAAAUCAAUUGUCCAUGAAAUAAAAAUUGUUGUUCCCCUCAGCUUUUUCCUUGUGUUUUUGCUUCUUGGGUGUAUUUUCCUCUCUCGACGUGGGGAUAAGAAAACUAAAUUGGAGUCAAGUGAACCAAAGAAUGGAGACUUAUUUUCAAUAUGGAAUUAUGAUGGAAAAAUUGCAUAUGAAGACAUCAUCGAAGCAACAAAGGACUUUGACAUUAGCUACUGCAUUGGGACAGGCGGUUAUGGUAGUGUUUACAAAGUACAACUACCUAGUGGUAAAUUAGUUGCCAUAAAGAAACUUCAUCGCUUGGAGGCUGAGAACCCAACAUUUGACAAGAGUUUCAAAAAUGAGGUCAAAAUGUUGACAGAAAUCCGACAUCGAAAUAUUGUUAAACUUCUUGGCUAUUGUUUGCAUAAUCGAUGCAUGUUUUUAAUAUAUGAGUAUAUGGAAAGGGGAAGCUUGUUUUCUGUCCUAAGCAACGAUGUUGAGGCUGUGGAAUUCGAUUGGAUGAAGAGGAUGAACGUCAUCAAAAGUACAGCACAUGCCUUAUGUUACAUGCAUCAUGAAUCUGUUCCGGCAAUUGUUCAUCGAGAUAUAACCAGCAACAAUAUACUAUUGAACUCUGAAUUGGAGGGUUUUGUCUCUGAUUUUGGCAUGGCUAAAUUUCUUGAUCCUGAUUCCUCCAAUCAAACUUUAGUUGCUGGGACUUAUGGUUAUCUUGCUCCAGAAUUGGCCUAUACUAUGGUGGUGACUGAAAAAUGUGACGUUUAUAGCUUUGGAGUGGUGGCAUUAGAAAUAUUAAUGGGAAGACAUCCAGGCGAGCUCAUGACAUUGUUAUCAUAAUCUCAAAGUGUGAUGUUAAAUGAAAUAUUAGACCAACGUCUCCCACC